ACAUUCUCAGGAUUUUGAUGCUGCAGUUCACUGGCUAGUCCACAACACAAUUAGGAAACAUCCAUUAACCUCACAAGUAAAAUUCGAGACUCUAUGUUCCUUUUCAACUCCUAAAGAGAACUAGAGGGAGACAGAACUGGCCACUGGAGAGAGCAUAACUGUAUGCUGCCUGGGACCUCUCAGCUACCCACAGAAGCCAGCAUGUCUUGGGUCCUGCUUUCUGUCCUUUGGCUCAUCAUUCAAACUCAAGUGAUAGAUACAAAGUCAGCCCCUGAAUUAAAGCUCCAUGAAAUAGUUCAUCCUAAAAAAAUACCCGUGUCACACAGAAGAGGGACUGAGAACAAUCAGACAGAGAGAUAUGGCAAAGAGGAAAGAUAUGCGCCUGAAGUUCAAUAUCAGAUCACACUAAAUGGAGAAGAAAUUAUCUUUCACCUAAAGAGAACCAAGCAUCUUCUGGGGCAAGACUGCACUGAAACAUCUUACUCAGCCAGAGGAGAGGAGGUGACCAGACGCUCUCAGGAUGUGAAACCCUGCUACUACGAAGGCCACAUCUUGAAUGCAAGGGACUCUCUUGCCAGUAUCAGUACAUGUGAUGGACUGAGAGGGUACUUCACACAUCAUGAUCAGAGAUAUCAGAUAAAACCUCUACAGAGCACAGAUGAGGGAGAACAUGCCAUCCUUCCAAUCAGCCAGGGGGAACCAGACACAGUUAAUUACAAGCAUGGUGAGAAGCAUGCUGGCAGGAAACGAAGCCAUCUUCGAAUUUCCAGGUCCUUAACAAGCUCAAAUGACUUUCUUCAAGGACAGAAAUACGUCAAUCUCUUCUUGGUGCUGGAUAAUGCCUUUUAUAAGAUGUAUAAUGGGAAUGUGACUCGGAUAAGAAGCCUUGUGUUUGAGGUGAUGGAUCUGCUCAAUGUGAUUUACAAAACCAUAGAUAUUCAAGUGUCUUUGGUGGAUAUGGAAAUCUGGUCUGAUAGUGAUAAGAUAAAGGUGGAACCCAGGAUUGGUGCCACAUUCCAAAGCUUCCUUAAAUGGCAUUACUCUAUCCUGGGAAAAAAGAAGAUCCAUAACCAUGCCCAGCUUCUCAGUGGAUCUGGCUUCCUCAAUAGACGUGCAGGAAUGGCAGCUGCGAAUUCCUUGUGUUCUACAUCUUCAGUGUCUGUUGUUGAGGCCAAAGGAAAGAAUAAUGUGGCUCUCGUAGCAGUGAUGUCCCAUGAAUUGGGCCAUGCCCUCGGUAUGAGGGAUGUUGUAUACAGCACCAAGUGUCCCUCUGGCAGCUGUGUGAUGAAUCAGUACCUGAGUUCAAAAUUCCCCAAGGAUUUCAGUACUGCCAGCCGCUCACUCUUUCAAGGAUUCCUUUCAUCUAGAAAUUCAAGGUGUCUGCUGUCGGCACCUAAUCCUAAAAAUAUAAUAAAACCAACAUGUGGGAACCAACUUCUGGAAGAGGAGGAAGUUUGUGACUGUGGCUCUCCUGAGGAAUGUACCAACCUUUGCUGUGAGCCCCUGACAUGUAGGCUGAAAUCUCAAACUGACUGUGAAGAAGAAGCAUCCAACCAUAUCACAGAAUGAUCCAGUGUCUACAUCGCUGAGAAGUUUCAUUGCCAGGACAAAAGUCUAGAAGCUGAUACACCAGGAGUCUUGCCUUGUUUCACUUUAUGCUUCUAUGUAGACUGGCUUCUGAAUGCCAUGUGUGAACCCGUAGUUUCAAUCCCUGAACAAUAACAUCCCAAAAUAUACUCGUAUCUAUAGUGAAUAUGUAGACAAUUUUCUCAAUAUUUCCUAAAUGAUACCAUGUAACAACUAUCUGCAUAGCAUUUUUUUUUUUGUUGAAGAGGUGUUAGAAGUAGUCUUAAGAUGACAAAACAUUUACAAGAAUUUCAGUAGUUGUAAGCAAAUAUACUCCAGUUCUUAUAAAGGACCUCCAGUCCAAAGAUUUAGGUAUCUAGGUGUUCCUGGAGCCAAUCUCUAGUAGACACUGAAGGAAGACCUCUUUCAUUCUGCUUUCUGUGUUUCUAUGAGUCCAGCCAACAAGUAAAUAGAUGUGAGAUGCUGUCUAUAUGUUCAGGUUUUAUCUGCAGUGGGAAUGUGAGAACCUUGAAAAUGUGGUUUUAGUUUCAGUCUUUGGAGAACAAAGAAAAUCAACCUUUGCUGACGUUCCUCAACACACUCCACUGAAUUGUUGAGUCAAUCCCAAACUGCAAAAUAACAAGUAAUUUGACCCUAAAUCUCUUCGCUUCCCUUGCUGUUCCUCUCUUUGUCUACCUCCCCAAGAGUCCCUGCUUAGCUGUCUCAUGGAAUAUUGGUUACAUCCAAACACUUUUCACUGAUUAAAUAGAGUUUCUCAUGUUUUCUUUUACUGUCAGGUGUAAGAUUUAUUUUAAGAAAUCUGUGUUGCUUACAACUUAGUGGGAAUGGAAAGGUAAGGUUUCAUUCAUUUGAUGUAAUAAACUAUGCUAUCAAUAAAAAUAGUGAUUCCUG